AUGUCUGAUCGAGUGGCUAGAUUAGCCGAAUUAAGAAGGCAAAGAGAUGGUGAAGUAAAGAUCGAGGUAGAACAUGAUCAACUGAACCAAGAAAAAGCUGAAUCAGCCGAACCAUCCCCCAGUGAAGAACAUGAAGUACAACGUUCUCCAGAGGUAAAGGAGAACCAGGGAGCUUCCGAAGAUGUCAUAAUGGAUGAACCGAGUCAGUACAAUAGUGACUUGAAGCAGGAUAUUGCUUCUUACUUGGCCAAAGCAGAGAGGAAUACCGAGACGGCUAUUAACAGACUCGCGUUAAGGAAGUAUCAAGAGGCACAACGCACCAAGUCGUAA